CCCUCCCUCUCUUCUUGUCCACUCUUAAUUUCCAUAUGAGUCUCGAAACGAACAAUGGAAGUGUUAGCAGAUUGGUUUAAUCUGCUGCGAUUAAGCUCUACAUAUGAUCUAGAUGACUCGUUGCGUGCAUUAGUAGGAAAGACUUUGUCGUGUGCGUUUGUCGUGGUUUACUCGCUCGUGCUCAUAGUAGACGGCUACUACUUCCCAUUCUUCCUUACUCUGGGAUUCGCUUUGGGUGCCCUGUUCUUUGGAAGCAAUGCCAACUAUACAUUCCCACAUCAUUCUGUUCAACUUCGUGAACAUUAUACCGAAAAUGCUGAGGCCAAGCCAUUAGCGACAGGAGAAGAUGGGAUACUGCAUCUUUUUUACCCGCCCCUGACAAACAUUGUGGAGCAACUGAUCCAUUACUUUUCUCGCGAUUUUGUCCUGUCCUGGUGGGAUCCAUUAAAUUCAACCCAUAAUCCGGAAUUUGAACGAGUCAUCCGUACGCGUCUAAACGGCAGUGUGCACAGAGUCGAGAAAAUCUUACUGAAACAAGAACGCAACGAUUUGGUCAUGGCCACACUUUAUGGCAUAGCCAAUGUUUUGAUCAUUCACAUGAGAGAAUGCAGAAACUUUGAAUGCUCGGGGUUAUCAUUGAAUGGGUACAUUGACGACAACCAACACUCGCCAUUUGCACAGCUCAUGUCCACCACCGAACAACACCAUCAAAUGCGGUCUCUCAGUUCAACCAUUUUGAAACGCGUACUUCCGAAUACCGACGCAGAUUCUGCUGUUGUCAUGAGCAUGCUGCGAGAGUUGCUAGCUUCUCAUUUGUUUGGCAAUAUCCUAGCGACCAUGAGCGAUCCGGACUUUAUCAACAGCUACAUCGUCGGCUAUCUAUCUGCCACUGACGAACCGGGUAAUGCAGAUGCCCAUGAUGACAGCGAAGGUAUCCGCAACGUCGUCGAACGAGCGGCAGAGAGUCUGAUGGCAGAUGGUGGCUUUGGAGACGCAAGCCAAGGUAAUAACAAUACUAGUACGGUCACUUCGGGAACACAGCAGGCUGCGUCUCCUGAAGUUUACUUGCCUCCACAAUCGAUACCACCUACCAGCCCUUUACCGCCGCCGCCGCCACCUAGAAAAUCUGCAACAGUGCCUCCUGAUUUGUUGUUGCCGUCGUCUUCACCACCACCGUCAUUCAAAGGAGAUUCUGACGCAGUUAGUGAAUCCGCCACCUCAUCUUUAGCCUCAUUGCCACCUAUACCAGAAACGCACCACAACAACAACAGUACACGUUCAUCACCCUCUGCUGCUUCAUCGAAAAAGAAAAUAUCUGUUCCUAAAGUUGUCGAAGAUGCAUCUCAACAAUCGCCCAUGAUCUAUGCCCCGGGUACUGUCAACUUUAGCGUCAUGGACAUUUCCUCCACGCCGGAGUCGGACAAGAACAAGCUCAUGUUUAUUGUGCAAAUCGAACGACCAGCUAUGGAGGACCAUACAGGAUCUGAAGGUGGUGGCUAUGUGAUUACACGAACAUAUGCCGAUUUUGAAGUGUUCCACGCCAUCAUCAGCGCUCGCCACGCUCGUCGCGUCGCACGGACCAACCUCAGACUUCCACUGGACCCUAUCCGAUCAUGGCUCAAAUUGGGCACCAACACUAGUACGCCAUCGGCCAUUAUCAAUGACACUGACAGCAUCUGUCGAUCAUUGGAACGGUAUUUGCAUCUCGUUGUACAAGAUAACGAAAUGGGGCGGGACCAAAUCAUUUACGCAUUCUUGCGCAAGGAACGACGAAGGAAUAUAGCGGACCACAAUGAUGAUGAUGAUGAUAGUGGAGAAGGCCAGCAGCAAGAGAUGGAAGUUUCAUUUGCGGAUGAAUACAUGGAUGAAGUUAGUGCGUAUGCAGCCUUGUCGUCUGCAAUACCGGCACAUAAUGGGUAUACGCCUCUGAGUGGACCGUCAUCGGCUUCGUCUUCGGCAGCAAGCAGUGUGGGCAAGGCGAUGUCAAUGUUGGCACGAGCACCAUCAUUAGCAGUGAAGAGUGUCAGUCGAACUUCCACUACAGACGACGAACUUGUUGGAUCGCCGAGUCUGGAACCGUCGCGUCGUUGGUUCGGUCGAAAAUCUGCUCGGGAAGGAUCGAUUUCGAGUGUUCGAAGUAACAAUAGCUCAAGCGGAAAAGAAGAGGCGGAUGGCGAGAUAAGCACAACCUUCCAUCAUCAUCAACAACAACAGCAAAGCCAGCAGAAUCACCAACACGUGCCGUCGCCACCAUCAACCCAGGCGACCACAUGCUCUGAAGACGAAGGAGACGACGAUGAAGUAAUUACAAACGUGGUGGUGGAGGAGCCGGAGUCUGUUGCAGCUGCUGUUGACAUUGAAGAAUCAGCUCGAAGAACAGCUGUGGAUGAUGCUGGAGCACGCGUCAGCGACAACAAACCUCUAUCUCCUUUGGAUAUCGAACUACUGAUUGAAACAACAUUUGCACUUGUCGUUGAAGUCUUUGACCUAACAACUGCCAACAACAAGGCAUGGAUGCGCAGGACAUUGCUAAACGUGCUGCGCGAAGUGGUUCGACGGUCUUAUACAGAAAUCAUUGCACAGCAUUAUAGCAGCUAUAUGAAUAAUUACAUGUCGCCAGAUGCGCUGGUCCAUCUAUGCGAAACAAUUCAACACAAAUUCUGGCCUGACGGUGUGUAUAAUACCUCCACAUCUGAGCGAACGGAAGAGCAAAAGGCAGCAACAAGGCAACAGGCACGAGAGUUAUUGAUGAGCUCUGCGGUGCCUGCAGGUGUACGGCAACUCAUUGGUGAUCAGAACUGUAAUGUCGCCAUGGAUCGUUUAUGGGCUCGAUUACAGGAUCAAGCGCUGAACCGUGUGUUGAUGUUACAAAUACUGGAGCGAUUAAUGCGACCGGUCUUUGGUUAAAAACUGAAAUUGUGAGCUCCGCCCUCCCUCCCCCUCCAUUUUCAUGCUAAAUAUCAUCCUUUGCUAACCCUUACCUUUUAUACUACUAGUCGUAUUACUGCUAUUAUUUUUCUAUCUAUCUUCCUCUCUUAUUUAUUGUUUAUUUAUCUAGUUGUUGUAAAUAGAUCUUUCCUAUUUUCUUUGUUUCAUUUUCGUUUUUUUUCCACAGACGAUUGAUAGGUUUAGGCAAGUUAAAAGAACGUCCUCAGUGAAAUAUAGUCAUUGUGAAAAGAUACAUGUAUGUCGACAAAGAUCAACCAAUGUACUUGAUGCUUCAAAAACAUUUUAUGCAUGGAUAUUUGUAGCUCUAUGCGGAUUAAAUUUGUGGUGCAGUAGGUGUCUAAUGUGCUACGUGCAUACUCAUACUGUUAGUAAUAGAUAUUCUGAUACACUAGUAUCUUAUAACUACAAAGACUGUCAACUUUUACCGAAUGAAUGGC